AAGACAGAACCCUACACAGGGCAAUGUCCCCAAUCGUUGCCCUGGAGGCAUUGGGGUAUUUUUUUUUAGAGCAGAGGAAAGGGUGGCUCCUUCUUGCCCUCCAACACCACCAAUGGGUUUUUAAUCUAUUUGAGGCGGAGUAAACAGGCUACAUUUCUAGGACUGGGAAGUUACCAUAGUUCAUGUGUUACCAUGGUUUCAGUCACCAUUUUCGUUUUGAGACAUGUAGCUAGCUAGCCCAUUAUCAUGCUGUUGUAGAAGAGAUCUGUCAUGAUCAUGUUGUAGAAUAUCUGUGUCGCAUGACAGAAAGACAAAACACACAUCUUAGAUCAUUUAAGAUAACUUUUGGGCACGCGUUGUAACAUUGUAUCUGGCUAAAUCUUUCGGGAAAUACAAGUCAAUAGGUUACCUACCUAUGAAGCUACGAGGACAGAGAGUGUAGAAGAGAAAACGAACUCCUAUUGUUACAGGUAGAGAUAUGAAUUGAUAUACUGUAGCUAGCGUGCUGAAAAUGAUAACGGAGAGAAAGAGGGAUAUCUCAUCAUGUCCGUGUCAAGUGCAUGUCCAAAUAUUAACGACGUCUGGAAUCCAACAGUUUCACUGGAAUGAUCAAACGGCAAGAGUCAGACAAACGCCAACCCUCAACAUGUCAAACCGGUACAUGUCAACAGCUCGUAGGCACGGUUUAGCUGAGACGCAUCUCUCGACGCCAGGAGCUGUAUCUGGCCAAAUAAACCAGGACUUCUAUAUCUCUCAUCUGAUUCGUCAACUUGAGGACUUGGACAUGUCAAGUGGUGUCAGAGCACAGAAGAUAUUUCCAUCAACACUCAAUUCAAGUAUCUACCUGACCACCUGCCGUAGCCCAUCAGAGUCUACAUCAGUCCAGAGCCAACCACAGAGAGCCCAGUUCAGGAUGAUCCACAGACGACCAACAAUCAACAUCCAUCAUCUCAACAGCAGGCUACGGCACCCGAGUUUCACCAAACAUAACCAAGGGGAGGGCCGGGACACAAGCUCCAGUGAGUCUCUGUUGAAAAUCACACCUGUCCAGGCGGCUUACACUGUCAAUUUGAGGGACAGGAGAAGGGGCAAUGGGGAGAGGAAGGUAAAGACAUUCUACUGUUGGGGCCCAAUGAAUGACAGAGCAGGGCUUGGGUCAGGAACCAGCACUGAUGGCUCAAAGCGAAACGAUAGCAGCACACCAGCGGACAUCCACUCUGACGCCAGCGAUCUAUCCGACCAAGAGAAAGGGGGUGCCCAGGCCCACGAGUGGGUCACGCCCGAAGUGGAGCUCCGGUUGAGACCUGAACCUUUCGACUUAGACCUGGACUCUGACUUGCACUUCUCGGAGUCGUCGGAGGCCCAGUCGCCAUUUGCGGAGGUGCUCCCCGCAUCUCUGAAAGUGCUGGAUCUGACCCGGAGUCUGCCCAGCACGGCCGAUUGGGAAAGUCGCCAGAGCCUGCACAUGCGAGAGCCUUCAUUGGUUGCCAUCGUAAGCAGACUAUCUGAAAUGGAGGAUCUGCAGGCGGCCACAGUACAGCGGGAGCUGACCAAAACGGGCCGGUGUCGGCCGGCUACGGCCGUCAGCCUGACCAGGAGCACUUCUCGCUUGAGGAAAGCAGAUUCAGUUGUGUCCAGUGUUACGGAAGUGAGCCUGUCUCGCGACUCACGCACUAGGCCGACUUGUGCUCCUUACAAACAGAAUCGCAUCAGGGUGAGCGCAAGGCCACAUAUAGUCUUUAAGAGGCCCUGUUCCAGCUCAGCCAAACUAAACAGAACAGAGACCCUUGUACAGGUCCAGUCUUCGGGUGAGGGAUCGACACCAAAACAUACAGGUUGCACCAAAAUCAGAAAAGCCAAAGCUAGCAAGAAAGGCACAUUGACCUCCCGCAGAGUGUCACCACCAAGCUCUGCAAAGAAAAUUAAAGCCAGGGACUUGAGAAAGGCACAUUGACCUCCCGCAGAGUGUCACCACCAAGCUCUGCAAAGAAAACUAAAGCCCGGGACUUGAGAAAGGCACAUUGACCUCCCGCAGUGUCACCACCAAGCUCUGCAAAGAAAACUAAAGCCCGGGACUUGAGAAAGGCACAUUGACCUCCCGCAGUGUCACCACCAAGCUCUGCAAAGAAAACUAAAGCCAGGGACUUGAGAAAGGCUUAACAACUUGGAGACGGGGAUUACACAGACUGUGCAUUUUGAAAGCCUUUUUCCUUUGACAGGGUGUUCCUGAUCACUGCACAAUGUUCUCAAAGUAGAACAUGACAGCUAAGUGAACUAGUGUACCCGUCAAUGAAUGUACAAAAUAUCUCAUUAGACCUUACCUGAACCCUUUGGUGUCAUAACGAUAUAACAUGUCAGGCGAUGUUAUCUACGUAGGUACUGGAAGCUCGUUGACUAGUGGGAAUUAGCAUGCCUAAAUAACACUUUGUUUAGGGCUCAAAUUAUACAAACUCUCUCUUGACUAGUUUGAAUGUGUCCACAACUGAUGUUUAACUUCAUAUUCUAGCACCCCUUAAAUUCAAACCACGGUUGAGUCAUGUUUGUUUUAAGUCAGUUGUCAUUAAGCAGACAGGCUAAGUCAUGUUUGAUUUAAGUCAGUUGUCAUUAAGCAGACAGGCUAAGUCAUGUUUGUUUUAAGUCAGUUGUCAUUAAGCAGACAGGCUAAGUCAUGUUUGUUUUAAGUCAGUUGUCAUUAAGCAGACAGGCUAAGUCAUGAUUGUUUUAAGUCAGUUGUCAUUAAGCAGACAGGCUAAGUCAUGUUUGUUUUAAGUCAGUUGUCAUUAAGCAGACAGGCUAAGUCAUGUUUGUUUUAAGUCAGUUGUCAUUAAGCAGACAGGCUAAGUCAUGAUUGUUUUAAGUCAGUUGUCAUUAAGCAGACAGGCUAAGUCAUGUUUGUUUUAAGUCAGUUGUCAUUAAGCAGACAGGCUAAGUCAUGAUUGUUUUGUGACAUUUUGUCAUUAUGGCAACACGAUUAUGUAGG